UGUAUGUAUUUACUUUGCGAGCGAAGCCUUUUGUCGAGACUACAGUACGUCAGACUUGACAAACAUUGCAAUGCCAUUGAUCUGGAUAUAUAGUUCAUGACAUGUCAAUGGUACGUUGAAAGCACGUGUAGACUGCUCAUGCAUGUACAGCUGUAGUAUAUACCCAGUGAUGCCCUGGAUAUACAUAACACCGUUUAACCAGUCCAUUCCAACUCCCCCUUGUUUAACCAUUUGAUUGAUGUCUAAUGCUGUAGGAGCGAUUGCUACACGAGACAACAUGUCGGUACGAGUGGCAGUGGUGACAGGCGCAAACAAGGGUAUUGGUCUGGAGAUCGUUCGAGCUCUAUGCCGCCAUUUUGGACAAGAUGGCGUGGUUUACUUGACUGCACGCAAUGAAGGGCGUGGUCGAGCCGCUGUUGAGCUCCUCCAGAAAGAGGGACUCGAUCCCAAGUUUCAUCUUCUUGACGUCACUGAUCAAGCAAGCAUUGAUACGAUUCGGAAUCAUCUGGAAAAGGAACAUGGUGGAAUUGAUGUUCUAGUCAACAAUGCUGGUAUUGGUACAUCGAAAGACAACAGUUCGUUUUAUGAGAAGCAAUUCCGCGUCAUGGAAGCAAAUUUCUUUGGACUUCUAUCCGUCUGCCGGAGUCUCACUCCUCUGGUGAGGUCAGGUGGAAGGAUUGUAAAUGUAGCCAGCACGACAGGAUAUAUGGUGUUUAGAGAGCAAUUAACUGAAGAAAUUAGGAACAGAUUUCGACAAGUUAAGGAAGAGCAGGACGUUGUGAACCUCAUGAAUGAAUUUCUUGAGUGCUGCAAGAUGGAAACUAACGCAGCAAACGGAUGGUCAGAAUGGUCCUAUGGGGUUGGUAAACUCGGUGUUAUCCUACUGUCAAAGAUGCAGGCUGAAAAGAUAUCACUAGAUGCAUCGAAACAGGAUAUACUUGUCAAUGCGUGUUGCCCAGGCUUUGUACAAACCGACAUGACCGCUCACUUACCGGACAACCAAUAUGGAUACAACAAGGUUACGACCGUAGAGGGCGCAGAUACUCCAGUUUUUUUAGCACUUCUUCCACCAGGCGUGAAAGAGCCAAACGGACAGUUCUUAUUGAAAAGAAAGAUAUAUGACUUUAUCAACACUGACGUCUCCAUCCAAAUAUGACAUCCAGUAGAGCUGAAUUUGUCAACUGAAAUGGACCCAAAGGAUGAAUAUUUACGCAUGAUUAUGAUGAAAUUAUCCUGUGCUGUUCGGACUAAUGUACUUUCGUGCCGCAAGUAAACUGUAAUCUUAACCUCAAACUGUCUACAAACAGUCUGAACCGUGGACAUAAUUUAGCUUUGUGAUACCAUGAGAGCAAUCAGACAAUUUAAUAAAAGGAUUGCAAUCCCAUAAGUCGAAUUGACAGCUAACGGUCGUUAUUUUCCCUCAAAAAGACAUUUUCAAGCCCUUUCGUUUUGGUUAAAUUCCAACGGCAUUUAAAAGAUAAUACUAAUUUAGAACUUCCCUA